CAGCAUCUCUCACCAACUUCACCUCGCCAACAACACCCAUGCUGGGCGAUUUCGAUUCAUCAUAUACACCAUGUCGCCGUCAUUAGAAGAACCUACCGCCAGCGAUGUCCUCGAUGUCAUAAAAAACCCACUCAAGGCCGCGCCACAGCUAGUCGCCCCAGAGCCAGAACACUGUGUAGGCCCCGAGUCCGAACAAGCCGGCACCGCAGAUUCCUGCGCGGGUUGCCCUAACCAAGCCAUCUGCGCCUCUGCACCGAAGGGUCCUGAUCCCGAUAUACCUCUAAUAACGGCGCGCCUUGCAUCCAUAUCACAUAAAAUCCUCGUCCUCAGUGGCAAGGGCGGCGUGGGCAAGUCCACCUUCACCACCCUCCUAGCGCACGCCUUCGCGCGCAACCCCGCCUCCACAGUCGGCAUCAUGGAUACAGAUAUAUGUGGACCCUCGAUCCCCAAAAUGAUGGGCGUGGAAACCGAGACUAUCCACGUCAGUUCCUCUGGCUGGAGUCCGGUCUGGGUCGCCGACAACCUCGCCGUCAUGUCUGUCCAGUUCAUGCUUCCUUCCCGCGACGAUGCUGUUAUCUGGCGCGGUGCAAAGAAGAACGGAUUAAUCAAGCAAUUCCUCAAGGACGUCGAGUGGGGCCCCAUGGAUUUCCUACUUGUGGAUACUCCGCCAGGAACAUCCGAUGAGCAUCUCAGCGUCAAUGCAUUCCUCAAGGAGAGUGGCGUGGAUGGCGCGGUUGUGGUCACCACGCCACAGGAAGUUGCGCUCCUGGAUGUGCGUAAAGAGAUCGAUUUCUGCCGUAAGGCAGGCAUCAAGGUCUUGGGGCUCGUGGAGAAUAUGUCGGGGUUCGUGUGCCCAAAGUGCACGCACGAGAGUCAGAUCUUCCAGGCGACGACUGGAGGAGGACUCGCGCUGGCAAAGGAGAUGGGCAUUCCAUUCCUUGGGUCCGUGCCACUGGAUCCGCGAAUCGGAAUGAGUUGUGAUUACGGAGAGAGCUUCUUCGAUGCCUAUCCAGAGAGCCCGGCUUGUGAGGCAUUGAAGGGUGUUGUCAGGAGGGUAGGAGAGGAGGUCGGGUUAGACGCGAAGGAUGUCUUGUCUGAGGAUUGAAAGAUGAACAUUUUAGCCAACGGCUGUGAGGCCGUCGACAGGAGCUCACAAGUACGAUAACGGGCCGCUCACUUCAAGACAAGGGCAGAGAAAUGGCCAAUCCGUUAGACGGAUCAGGGCCAAAGGAUAGAAUUCCCCAAGCCAAGUCAAGUUGAGCCACAAUAUACCCCACAGGUGCCAUAUACACGUUCAUAGAACCAGUUAUUGCAUCACUUACUGCUGAGCAUGAGUUAGUCAAGAAUCAAGAAAUAUACCAAUAUUAUCCGUGC